AUGGGGACAACCAAGUUCCCAAAGAGACCCACGCUUCGAUGGGACCAACACAAACGCCUGGUACUUUGUUGUUUGUAUCGAUUCUUCGUUUGUAGCAAGAAGGAAACUGAAGAAAUAUUCUCCUAUAUGUUUCGAAGUCACCUAAAUGAGCGCGGUAUUCAAGGCUUCAUUCCAUUUGCCACUCUCCACACACAGUGGGUUUGGAUGAAGAAAAGACGUGAUCCAGUUUGGUCCCAAGUGCAUAUGAACACCACAUUUGAAGCGAAUGGCGAGUGGAAAGAAAUUGUUACAAAGAUCAAAUCUGCAGCCAAAACUUUGCAGUUCGAGCUCCGUGAGAAGAUGGAGGAUGACACCAUUACAUCGUGCCAGAGCUCCUUAGGGUCCGAGGAUGAACGGAAUACUACAUCCAAUGAACCCGCCGCGCCGAUAAUUUCCCACUCAUUGUCUACUCCAGAAACUGCCAACCCGAUAGUAUUGGUAUGCCCGACCCGGGAUCAUGUUUUCAAUGGAAGAUCUAGAGACAACCAACGCGCCGACCAAGCCAUUGACCUAUGCAUUGACCAGAGCAUCGAUCAACAUAACGACAUUCACAAUGACACUCCCACUGGACUCCAUGGGUCCACCGAGCCGGUCGUCACUACCCAUGGUAAGCUCUGCCUCUGGUGUGAACAUGAAGGAACCCCCUACGAGUCCGAGGACAUCCAGGAACUGCAAGACAAAGACUACGAUUACAACAGUGAAUAUGAGGAUCAUAGUCAUGGCAAUCAUCAUAAUGACCGACAAGACGACCCUAUUAUGAGAGAGUACGCCCAAGGAUUCAAGCGGUUUACCAGGGAGCUAGAUCGUCAAGUCCCCUAUUCGGAUGAAGAAUUGUCUGAUUCAGAGAGCGAGUAUCUGAUGACACUCCAAGAAAGCCCUGCAAAAGUGCACUCAUUUUGCGACUCACGCCUGUCCUUGCCUUCAGACCUAGAACAAGGGCUCCUAGAUUCUGGGGAUAAUUCAGAAUGGUGCGCCGACAGAGGAAGUCUAAUCAAUUUGGUUGAUUUCGGGAGCCCUUCGAUUUCAAUGGAAGACCCGAGCGGUACCCUUGACAAUGAUCGAAUUUCCACACAAAAUACUCUUUCCAACAUCCGUUUCCCCUGGAACCACACGGCUUACGAUGAGGUGCCCGACGACGGCUUCGGUGGUCAGAGGGCGUUGCAGUAUCAGUGGCCCUCAAAUGAUGAAAUGAGGGUGGAAACUCUACGCCAGAUGUCCGUGGAAGCUCUUCGCCAGAUUGAAAACCAGUCAACAACUCACUUUAAUCAUCAGGGGGAAAUGGAUGUAUUGAUUUAUGACGGCAAUACCUGGAACCAGGUGUAG